AUGAAGUGUGCCCAAAGGACGCCCCAGGCUACUGGGCCUCCCUACACAGGGAUCAAAGCCCACAAGGGCUACCCUGAUUUAGAAGAUUGCUUUGCAGAUGGAGAGUGUCAUGAAGCUAUCUUCUCAGUGUGGGCCUCCAUCAACCAGUCCCUGAGUGAUGGUGGCGAGUUAUUGCUGAAGGCUCAUGAUAUUCUGUUGGGAUCUGACCUUGAGAAUCUUGGGGAACUGGAAACGAAUUUAAUUCAUGUUGUUGAAAAUCUUGAAAUCCUUUUCAAUAACACUUGGGAAUUGGCUAGACAUGUUAAAAUGCUAGCAGAACGCGGGAGUGAGACAGCUCCUUGUCCUGUUCAAGAUAUGGAAGAGCUGCUAUUUAACCUGGAAACUAAAAAUGAAGAAUUACGUGUAAUUGUCAUCGAGCUUGAGGCGCAGCUUACCGUAGGUUCAUCAGAUGAAUCGAGUGUCCUUGUCUUUAUAAUGCAAGUUUAUAUGAUCUGUAGGGCUGCCCAAGAUGAAUCUAUUGUAAUCUAUGAAAAAGUCUUCUUGAUGUUCUACGAGACAAUUGCAGAUGAGAAGUGUCGAGAAGCUAUCUUCUCAGUGUGGGCAUCCAUCAACCAGUCCCUGAGUGAUGGUGGCGAGUUAUUGCUGAAGGCUAAUGAGAUUCUGUUGGGAUCUGACCUUGAGAAUCUUGGGGAACUGGAAACGAACCUUUUUGCGGUUGGCGAAAGAACUGAAAACUUGAAGUCUUUCAAUAAAAGUUUGGAAUUGGCCAAAUCUAUUGAAAUAUUGGCAACAGGUGGGAGUGACACAACCCCUUGUCCUGUCCAAGACAUGGAAAAGCUGCUGCUUAACCUGAAGACUAAAAAUGAAGAAUUACGUGUAAUUGUCAUUGAGCUUGAGGCACAGCUUUCAUCAGGUUCAUCAGAUGAAUCAGGUGUCCUCGUCGUCUUCAUAAUGCGAGUUUAUAUGAUCUGUAAGGCUGUGCAAGACGAGUCUAUCAUAAUCUAUGAAAGUGUCUUACUAAUAUUCAGCGGUACAACUGUAGAGCCAUACACUGUAUCUGGAGAUACAAUUACAGAUGAAGAGUGUCGUGAAGCUAUCUUCUCAGUGUGGGCCUCCAUCAAUCAAUCCCUGAGUGAUGGUGGCGUGUUACUGCUGAAGGUUCAUGAGAUUCUUUUGGGAUCUAAUCUUGAGAAUCUUGGGGAAUUGGAAACGAAGCUUUUCUGUAGCGAAGAACUUGAAGUCCUUUUCAAUAAAAGUUGGAACUGGCCAAAUCUAUUGAAAUAUGGCAAAGGUGGGAGUGACACAACCCCUUGUCCUGUCCAAGACAUGGAAAAGCUGCUGCUUAACUGAAGACUAAAAAUGAAGAAUUAGUUAAUUGUCAUUGAGCUUGAAGGCAAGCUUUCAUCAGGUUCAUCAGAUGAAUCAGGUGUCCUCGUCGUCUUCAUAAUGCGAGUUUAUAUGAUCUGUAAGGCUGGAAAAGACGAGUCUAUCAUAAUUAUGAAAGUUCUUACUAAAUCAGCGGUAUCAACUAGAAGGUGUCGUGAAGCUAUCUUCUCAGUGUGGGCCUCCAUCAAUCAAUCCCUGAGUGAUGGUGGCGUGUUACUGCUGAAGGUUCAUGAGAUUCUUUUGGGAUCUAAUCUUGAGAAUCUUGGGGAAUUGGAAACGAAGCUUUUUGCUGUAGGCGAAGAACUUGAAGUCCUUUUCAAUAAAAGUUUGGAACUGGCCAAAUCUAUUGAAAUAUUGGCAACAGGUGGGAGUGACACAACCCCUUGUCCCGUCCAAGACAUGGAAAAGCUGCUGCUUAACCUGAAGACUAAAAAUGAAGAAUUACGUGUAAUUGUCAUUGAGCUUGAGGCACAGCUUUCAUCAGGUUCAUCAGAUGAAUCAGGUGUCCUCGUCGUCUUCAUAAUGCGAGUUUAUAUGAUCUGUAAGGCUGUGCAAGACGAGUCUAUCAUAAUCUAUGAAAGUGUCUUACCAUUAUUCAGCGAUACAAUUACAGAUGAAGUGUGCCGUGAAGCCAUCUUGUCAGUGUGGGCCUCCAUCAACCAAUCCCUGAGUGAUGGUGGCGUGUUACUGCUGAAGGUUCAUGAGAUUCUUUUGGGAUCUAAUCUUGAGAAUCUUGGGGAAUUGGAAAUGAAGCUUUUUGCUGUAGGCGAAGAACUUGAAGUCCUUUUCAAUAAAAGUUUGGAAUUGGCUAAAUCUAUUAAAAUAUUGACAACAGGUGGGAGUGACACAACCCCUUGUCCUGUCCAAGACAUGGAAAAGCUGCUGCUUAACCUGAAGACUAAAAAUGAAGAAUUACGUGUAAUUGUCAUUGAGCUUGAGGCACAGCUUUCAUCAGGUUCAUCAGAUGAAUCAGGUGUCCUCGUCGUCUUCAUAAUGGGAGUUUAUAUGAUCUGUAAGGCUGUGCAAGACGAGUCUAUCAUAAUUUAUGAAAGUGUCUUACUAAUAUUCAGCGAUACAAUUGCAGAUGAAGAGUGUCGAGAAGCUAUCUUCUCAUUGUGGGCCUCCAUCAACCAAUCCCUGAGUGAUGGUGGCGUGUUACUGCUGAAGGUUCAUGAGAUUCUUUUGGGAUCUAAUCUUGAGAAUCUUGGGGAAUUGGAAACAAAGCUUUUUGCUGUAGGUGAAGAACUUGAAGUCCUUUUCAAUAAAAGUUUGGAAUUGGCCAAAUCUAUUGAAAUAUUGGCAACAGGUGGGAGUGACACAACCCCUUGUCCUGUCCAAGACAUGGAAAAGCUUCUGCUUAACCUGAAGACUAAAAAUGAAGAAUUACGUGUAAUUGUCAUUGAGCUUGAAGCACAGCUUUCAUCAGGUUCAUCAGAUGAAUCAGGUGUACUCGUCGUUUUCAUAAUGCGAGUUUAUAUGAUCUGUAAGGCUGUGCAAGACGAGUCUAUCAUAAUCUAUGAAAGUGUCUUACUAAUAUUCAGCGGUACAACUGUAGAGCCAUACACUGUAUCUGGAGAUACAAUUACAGAUGAAGUGUGCCGUGAAGCCAUCUUGUCAGUGUGGGCCUCGAUCAACCAAUCCCUGAGUGAUGGUGGCGUGUUACUGCUGAAGGCUCAUGAGAUUCUUUUGGGAUCUAAUCUUGAGAAUCUUGGGGAAUUGGAAAUGAAGCUUUUUGCUGUAGGCGAAGAACUUGAAGUCCUUUUCAAUAAAACAUUGGAAUUGGCCAAAUCUAUUGAAAUAUUGGCAACAGGUGGGAGUGACACAACCCCUUGUCCUGUCCAAGACAUGGAAAAGCUGCUACUUAACCUGAAGACUAAAAAUGAAGAAUUACGUGUAAUUGUCAUUGAGCUUGAGGCACAGCUUUCAUCAGGUUCAUCAGAUGAAUCAGGUGUCCUCGUCGUCUUCAUAAUGCGAGUUUAUAUGAUCUGUAAGGCUGUGCAAGACGAGUCUAUCAUAAUCUAUGAAAGUGUCUUACUAAUAUUCAGCGGUACAACUGUAGAGCCAUACACUGUAUCUGGAGAUACAAUUGCAGAUGAAGGGUGUCGUAAAGCUAUCUUCUCAGUGUGGGCCUCCAUCAACCAGUCCCUGAGUGAUGUUGGCGUGUUACUGCUGAAGGUUCAUGAGAUUCUUUUGGGAUCUAAUCUUGAGAAUCUUGGGGAAUUGGAAACGAAGCUUUUUGCUGUAGGCGAAGAACUUGAAGUCCUUUUCAAUAAAAGUUUGGAAUUGGCCAAAUCUAUUGAAAUAUUGGCAACAGGUGGGAGUGACACAACCCCUUGUCCUGUCCAAGACAUGGAAAAGCUGCUGCUUAACCUGAAGACUAAAAAUGAAGAAUUACGUGUAAUUGUCAUUGAGCUUGAAGCACAGCUUUCAUCAGGUUCAUCAGAUGAAUCAGGUGCCCUCGUCGUCUUCAUAAUGCGAGUUUAUAUGAUCUGUAAGGCUGUGCAAGAUAUCUAUCAUAUCUAUGAAAGUGUCUUACUAAUAUUCAGCGAUACAAUUACAGAUGAAGUGUGCCGUGAAGCCAUCUUGUCAGUGUGGGCCUCGAUCAACCAAUCCCUGAGUGAUGGUGGCGUGUUACUGCUGAAGGCUCAUGAGAUUCUUUUGGGAUCUAAUCUUGAGAAUCUUGGGGAAUUGGAAAUGAAGCUUUUUGCUGUAGGCGAAGAACUUGAAGUCCUUUUCAAUAAAACAUUGGAAUUGGCCAAAUCUAUUGAAAUAUUGGCAACAGGUGGGAGUGACACAACCCCUUGUCCUGUCCAAGACAUGGAAAAGCUGCUACUUAACCUGAAGACUAAAAAUGAAGAAUUACGUGUAAUUGUCAUUGAGCUUGAGGCACAGCUUUCAUCAGGUUCAUCAGAUGAAUCAGGUGUCCUCGUCGUCUUCAUAAUGCGAGUUUAUAUAAUCUGUAAGGCUGUGCAAGACGAGUCUAUCAUAAUCUAUGAAAGUGUCUUACUAAUAUUCAGCGGUACAACUGUAGAGCCAUACACUGUAUCUGGAGAUACAAUUGCAGAUGAAGAGUGUCGUGAAGCUAUCUUCUCAGUGUGGGCCUCCAUCAACCAGUCCCUGAGUGAUGGUGGCGUGUUACUGCUGAAGGUUCAUGAGAUUCUUUUGGGAUCUAAUCUUGAGAAUCUUGGGGAAUUGGAAACGAAGCUUUUUGCUGUAGGUGAAGAACUUGAAGUCCUUUUCAAUAAAAGUUUGGAAUUGGCCAAAUCUAUUGAAAUAUUGGCAACAGGUGGGAGUGACACAACCCCUUGUCCUGUCCAAGACAUGGAAAAGCUGCUACUUAACCUGAAGACUAAAAAUGAAGAAUUACGUGUAAUUGUCAUUGAGCUUGAGGCACAGCUUUCAUCAGGUUCAUCAGAUGAAUCAGGUGUCCUCAUCGUCUUCAUAAUGCGAGUUUAUAUGAUCUGUAAGGCUGUGCAAGACGAGUCUAUCAUAAUCUAUGAAAGUGUCUUACUAAUAUUCAGCGGUACAACUGUAGAGCCAUACACUGUAUCUGGAGAUACAAUUACAGAUGAAGUGUGCCGUGAAGCCAUCUUGUCAGUGUGGGCCUCGAUCAACCAAUCCCUGAGUGAUGGUGGCGUGUUACUGCUGAAGGCUCAUGAGAUUCUUUUGGGAUCUAAUCUUGAGAAUCUUGGGGCAUUGGAAACAAAGCUUUUUGCUGUAGGUGAAGAACUUGAAGUCCUUUUCAAUAAAAGUUUGGAAUUGGCCAAAUCUAUUGAAAUAUUGGCAACAGGUGGGAGUGACACAACCCCUUGUCCUGUCCAAGACAUGGAAAAACUGCUGCUUAACCUGAAGACUAAAAAUGAAGAAUUACGUGUAAUUGUCAUUGAGCUUGAGGCACAGCUUUCAUCAGGUUCAUCAGAUGAAUCAGGUGUCCUCGUCGUCUUCAUAAUGCGAGUUUAUAUGAUCUGUAAGGCUGUGCAAGACGAGUCUAUCAUAAUCUAUGAAAGUGUCUUACUAAUAUUCAGCGAUACAAUUGCAGAUGAAGAGUGUCGUGAAGCUAUCUUCUCAGUGUGGGCCUCCAUUAACCAGUCCCUGAGUGAUGGUGGCGUGUUACUGCUGAAGGUUCAUGAGAUUCUUUUGGGAUCUAAUCUUGAGAAUCUUGGGGAAUUGGAAACGAAGCUUUUUGCUGUAGGCGAAGAACUUGAAGUCCUUUUCAAUAAAAGUUUGGAAUUGGCCAAAUCUAUUGAAAUAUUGGCAACAGGUGGGAGUGACACAACCCCUUGUCCUGUCCAAGACAUGGAAAAGCUGCUGCUUAACCUGAAGACUAAAAAUGAAGAAUUACGUGUAAUUGUCAUUGAGCUUGAAGCACAGCUUUCAUCAGGUUCAUCAGAUGAAUCAGGUGUCCUCGUCGUCUUCAUAAUGCGAGUUUAUAUGAUCUGUAAGGCUGUGCAAGACGAGUCUAUCAUAAUCUAUGAAAGUGUCUUACUAAUAUUCAGCGGUACAACUGUAGAGCCAUACACUGUAUCUGGAGAUACAAUUACAGAUGAAGUGUGCCGUGAAGCCAUCUUGUCAGUGUGGGCCUCGAUCAACCAAUCCCUGAGUGAUGGUGGCGUGUUACUGCUGAAGGCUCAUGAGAUUCUUUUGGGAUCUAAUCUUGAGAAUCUUGGGGAAUUGGAAAUGAAGCUUUUUGCUGUAGGCGAAGAACUUGAAGUCCUUUUCAAUAAAAGUUUGGAAUUGGCCAAAUCUAUUGAAAUAUUGGCAACAGGUGGGAGUGACACAACCCCUUGUCCUGUCCAAGACAUGGAAAAGCUGCUGCUUAACCUGAAGACUAAAAAUGAAGAAUUACGUGUAAUUGUCAUUGAGCUUGAAGCACAGCUUUCAUCAGGUUCAUCAGAUGAAUCAGGUGUCCUCGUCGUCUUCAUAAUGCGAGUUUAUAUGAUCUGUAAGGCUGUGCAAGACGAGUCUAUCAUAAUCUAUGAAAGUGUCUUACUAAUAUUCAGCGGUACAACUGUAGAGCCAUACACUGUAUCUGGAGAUACAAUUGCAGAUGAAGGGUGUCGUGAAGCUAUCUUCUCAGUGUGGGCCUCCAUCAACCAGUCCCUGAGUGAUGGUGGCGUGUUACUGCUGAAGGUUCAUGAGAUUCUUUUGGGAUCUAAUCUUGAGAAUCUUGGGGAAUUGGAAACGAAGCUUUUUGCUGUAGGCGAAGAACUUGAAGUCCUUUUCAAUAAAAGUUUGGAAUUGGCCAAAUCUAUUGAAAUAUUGGCAACAGGUGGGAGUGACACAACCCCUUGUCCUGUCCAAGACAUGGAAAAGCUGCUGCUUAACCUGAAGACUAAAAAUGAAGAAUUACGUGUAAUUGUCAUUGAGCUUGAAGCACAGCUUUCAUCAGGUUCAUCAGAUGAAUCAGGUGUCCUCAUCGUCUUCAUAAUGCGAGUUUAUAUGAUCUGUAAGGCUGUGCAAGACGAGUCUAUCAUAAUCUAUGAAAGUGUCUUACUAAUAUUCAGCGGUACAACUGUAGAGCCAUACACUGUAUCUGGAGAUACAAUUACAGAUGAAGUGUGCCGUGAAGCCAUCUUGUCAGUGUGGGCCUCCAUCAACCAAUCCCUGAGUGAUGGUGGCGUGUUACUGCUGAAGGCUCAUGAGAUUCUUUUGGGAUCUAAUCUUGAGAAUCUUGGGGAAUUGGAAAUGAAGCUUUUUGCUGUAGGCGAAGAACUUGAAGUCCUUUUCAAUAAAAGUUUGGAAUUGGCCAAAUCUAUUGAAAUAUUGGCAACAGGUGGGAGUGACACAACCCCUUGUCCUGUCCAAGACAUGGAAAAGCUGCUACUUAACCUGAAGAAUAAUAAUGAAGAAUUACGUGUAAUUGUCAUUGAGCUUGAGGCACAGCUUUCAUCAGGUUCAUCAGAUGAAUCAGGUGUCCUCGUCGUCUUCAUAAUGCGAGUUUAUAUGAUCUGUAAGGCUGUGCAAGACGAGUCUAUCAUAAUCUAUGAAAGUGUCUUACUAAUAUUCAGCGAUACAAUUGCAGAUGAAGGGUGUCGUGAAGCUAUCUUCUCAGUGUGGGCCUCCAUCAACCAGUCCCUGAGUGAUGGUGGCGUGUUACUGCUGAAGGUUCAUGAGAUUCUUUUGGGAUCUAAUCUUGAGAAUCUUGGGGAAUUGGAAACGAAGCUUUUUGCUGUAGGUGAAGAACUUGAAGUCCUUUUCAAUAAAAGUUUGGAAUUGGCCAAAUCUAUUGAAAUAUUGGCAACAGGUGGGAGUGACACAACCCCUUGUCCUGUCCAAGACAUGGAAAAGCUGCUGCUUAACCUGAAGACUAAAAAUGAAGAAUUACGUGUAAUUGUCAUUGAGCUUGAAGCACAGCUUUCAUCAGGUUCAUCAGAUGAAUCAGGUGUCCUCGUCGUCUUCAUAAUGCGAGUUUAUAUGAUCUGUAAGGCUGUGCAAGACGAGUCUAUCAUAAUCUAUGAAAGUGUCUUACUAAUAUUCAGCGGUACAACUUUAAAGCAAUACACUGUAUCUGGAGAUACAAUUGCAGAUGAAGAGUGUCGUGAAACUAUCUUCUCAGUGUGGGCCUCCAUCAACCAGUCCCUGAGUGAUGGUGGCGUGUUACUGCUGAAGGCUCAUGAAAUUCUUUUGGGAUCUAAUCUUGAGAAUCUUGGGGAAUUGGAAACGAAGCUUUUUGCUGUAGGCGAAGAACUUGAAGUCCUUUUCAAUAAAAGUUUGGAAUUGGCCAAAUCAAUUGAAAUAUUGGCAACAGGUGGGAGUGACACAACCCCUUGUCCUGUCCAAGACAUGGAAAAGCUGCUGCUUAACCUGAAGACUAAAAAUGAAGAAUUAGGUGUAAUUGUCAUUGAGCUUGAGGCACAGCUUCCAUCAGGUUCAUCAGAUGAAUCAGGUGUCCUCGUCGUCUUCAUAAUGCGAGUUUAUAUGAUCUGUAAGGCUGUGCAAGACGAGUCUAUCAUAAUCUAUGAGUUCUUACUAAUAUUCAGCGGUACAACUGUAGAACCAUACACUGUAUCGGAGAUACAAAUAUUGUGGGCCUCCAUCAACCAAUCCCUGAGUGAUAGUGGCGUGUUACUGUGGAAGGCCAUGAGUCUUUUGGGAUCUAAUCUUGAGAAUCUUGGGGAAUUGGAAAUGAAGCUUUUUGCUGUAGGCGAAGAACUUGAAGUCCUUUUCAAUAAAAGUUUGGAAUUGGCCAAAUCUAUUGAAAUAUUGGCAACAGGUGGGAGUGACACAACCCCUUGUCCUGUCCAAGACAUGGAAAAGCUGCUACUUAACCUGAAGACUAAAAAUGAAGAAUUACGUGUAAUUGUCAUUGAGCUUGAGGCACAGCUUUCAUCAGGUUCAUCAGAUGAAUCAGGUGUCCUCAUCGUCUUCAUAAUGCGAGUUUAUAUGAUCUGUAAGGCUGUGCAAGAAGAGUCUAUCAUAAUCUAUGAAAGUGUCUUACUAAUAUUCAGCGAUACAAUUACAGAUGAAGUGUGUCGUGAAGCCAUCUUGUCAGUGUGGGCCUCCAUCAACCAAUCCCUGAGUGAUGGUGGCGUGUUACUGCUGAAGGCUCAUGAGAUUCUUUUGGGAUCUAAUCUUGAGAAUCUUGGGGAAUUGGAAAUGAAGCUUUUUGCUGUAGGCGAAGAACUUGAAGUCCUUUUCAAUAAAAGUUUGGAAUUGGCCAAAUCUAUUGAAAUAUUGGCAACAGGUGGGAGUGACACAACCCCUUGUCCUGUCCAAGACAUGGAAAAGCUGCUGCUUAACCUGAAGACUAAAAAUGAAGAAUUAGGUGUAAUUGUCAUUGAGCUUGAGGCACAGCUUUCAUCAGGUUCAUCAAUGAAUCAGGUUACCGUCGCUAAUUAUAAUGGCGACGUUUAUAUGAUCUGUAAGGCUGUGCAAGCGAGUCUAUCAUAAUCAGAAAGUGUCUUACUAAUAUUCAGCGAUACAAUUGCAGAUGAAGAGUGUCGUGAAGCUAUCUUCUCAGUGUGGGCCUCCAUUAACCAGUCCCUGAGUGAUGGUGGCGUGUUACUGCUGAAGGUUCAUGAGAUUCUUUUGGGAUCUAAUCUUGAGAAUCUUGGGGAAUUGGAAACGAAGCUUUUUGCUGUAGGCGAAGAACUUGAAGUCCUUUUCAAUAAAAGUUUGGAAUUGGCCAAAUCUAUUGAAAUAUUGGCAACAGGUGGGAGUGACACAACCCCUUGUCCUGUCCAAGACAUGGAAAAGCUGCUGCUUAACCUGAAGACUAAAAAUGAAGAAUUACGUGUAAUUGUCAUUGAGCUUGGGGCACAGCUUUCAUCAGGUUCAUCAGAUGAAUCAGGUGUCCUCGUCGUCUUCAUAAUGCGAGUUUAUAUGAUCUGUAAGGCUGUGCAAGACGAGUCUAUCAUAAUCUAUGAAAGUGUCUUACUAAUAUUCAGCGGUACAACUGUAGAGCCAUACACUGUAUCUGGAGAUACAAUUACAGAUGAAGUGUGCCGUGAAGCCAUCUUGUCAGUGUGGGCUUCGAUCAACCAAUCCCUGAGUGAUGGUGGCGUGUUACUGCUGAAGGCUCAUGAGAUUCUUUUGGGAUCUAAUCUUGAGAAUCUUGGGGAAUUGGAAAUGAAGCUUUUUGCUGUGGGGUGA